AUGCGAUCCCUCCGGUUAAAUAGAUUGAUUACUGUCGCCGCCUUAGCGCGGUCACAAUCCGGUAGUGGCAGCGGUCGGUACCAACAGCGUGAGCAGCAGCAGCAGCAGCAACAACAACAACGAUUUGGUGGUCCUCGCGAUGGUCGGCCUCUCAGGGGAAGGCCCCCGCAGAACUUUCAACAAGGUGGCUAUCGCAAUUCGUUAAACGAGCCCCAGCUCGUGGCAAAGCUACUGGAGCUCUACCCAAGUGGGAAGUCGUGGAUGCCCAUAAACAAAUGGGCCUCGUCCAUACCCGAGGAGAUUCAAGAAGCGUUGGUGGCUUUUGGUGGCCUAGCACAGUUUACUGCAUCACAAAGUAAUUUUUUUAUUGUGCGAAAAGAGAACGGGACAGUGGUUGUCUCACUUUCCACAAUGGCUUCGGAACUAUGCGCUAAAAGGGAGAAAAACAUUAAAAACGCGAGGAAAAGGCUGCCGCCUUUUCUGCCCGUCGUCGUGAUGAUUCGAGACGUCAGAGAGGACGCGACUGAGCACUUUGCGAUGUGA